AGAAUGUACAGAGAAGCGUAUUGCCACUGGAACUACCUCUAGGUUAAUAUCGUAUAUAACAUAGUGAAGUGCCGAGAACAAUUACUCUUUACUCCAAUUAUCUUAGUGAAACCUCUCACCAGGCGACUGGACUGUCUUGUCUUCGAUGCGCUCAUUGCAACCCGCAGCCCGCUGUCUUGCUCUCGCUCAGCAUCUGAAAAGCAUUCCAUAUGCCAACCAACCCUUCUCGGCCUUCUUCAGUACCACCAAACAUAUCAUGGCCUCAAACGGCACCGCCAUCGAGAACGGGACACAUCCCCUCUCAUCCGACGGCACAACAUUAUCCGCCCUCCCCAAAUCAUGGCACUUCACUGCCUCUCUCCCACCAGAUGCCGCCUUCCCCACGCCAGCUGACAGCCACAAGGCCGAUCGCGAUGACCUUGGUCCUCGCCAGGUGAAGAAUGCCAUUUUCACCUGGGUUCGUCCCGAAAAGCAACAAGACCCCGAGCUUCUAGCCGUCUCUCCAGCUGCUAUGCGCGAUCUAGGUCUCGCACUGUCGGAAGCAGACACGGAAGAAUUUCGCCAAGUAGCAGUAGGCAACAAGAUCAUCGGAUGGGACGAAGAGACGCUUUCUGGCCCUGGCUACCCAUGGGCUCAAUGUUACGGAGGUUUUCAGUUCGGUCAAUGGGCAGGACAACUCGGUGACGGGCGCGCCAUCUCUCUGUUUGAGGGAACCAACCCGGCAACAGGUGUCCGGUAUGAGGUUCAGCUCAAAGGGGCCGGCAUGACGCCUUACAGCCGCUUUGCGGACGGCAAGGCCGUUCUACGCUCCAGCAUCCGCGAGUUUAUAGUCAGCGAGAACCUCCACGCCCUCGGUAUCCCCAGCACGCGCGCGCUAGCCAUCAGCCUGCUCCCUCACUCGCGCGUACGGCGUGAGACCAUGGAGCCCGGCGCCAUCGUGGUUCGUAUGGCCCAGAGCUGGCUACGCUUCGGCAACUUCGACAUCCUUCGCGCGCGCGGCGACCGCAAGCUCGUCCGGCAACUUGCCACCUACAUCGGCGAGGAAGUCUUCGGCGGAUGGGACAAGCUUCCUGGGCGCUUAGCCGAUCCCGAGGGUGCGCCCGGCGACGAACCUCCCCGGGGAAUUCCCAAAGAAACCAUCGAAGGCCCCCUUGGAGCCGAAGAAAACCGCUUCCACCGUCUCUACCGCGAAAUUAUCCGGCGCAACGCUCUGACGGUAGCCAAGUGGCAGAUCUACGGCUUCAUGAACGGCGUGCUCAACACGGACAAUACCUCCAUCAUGGGUCUGUCCAUCGACUUCGGCCCCUUCGCCUUUAUGGAUAACUUCGACCCUAACUACACGCCCAACCACGACGACUUCGCGCUGCGCUACAGCUACCGCAACCAAGCGACUAUCAUCUGGUGGAACCUAGUCCGACUAGGCGAAGCCCUAGGCGAGCUGAUCGGGGCCGGGCCUGAAGUCGACUCCGAAUCUUUUGUGACCAACGGGCUCAACUUCGACGACGAAGCCGCUUCGAAACCCAUUGAGGAACGCGCUCACAAACUCAUCACCCAGGCCGGCGAGGAGUUCAAAGCCGUCUUCAUGGGGGAGUUCAAGCGCCUGUUCACAGCGCGCCUCGGGCUCAAGACGUACAAAGAAUCCGAUUUUGACUCCCUCUUCGACUCCCUCCUCAACACUAUGGAAGCCCUCGAGCUCGAUUACAACCUCUUCUUCCGGCGUCUCAGCACGCUCAAGACCGCCGACCUACAAACCGAAGAAGCCCGCCAAAAGGCAGCUGAAGUCUUUUUUUCUCAAGUCGAAGAGGUGCCUGGACCGGGAACCGACAAGGAAAAGGCUCGCAAGCGCGUGGGCGAGUGGUUGGAUAAGUGGCGGGUACGGAUCGAGGAGGAUUGGACCACCUCCGCAGCUGACUCGGAAGAGCGUGUUGCUGCGAUGAAAAGGGUUAACCCUAGCUUUAUCCCAAGAGGAUGGAUUCUGGACGAGGUGAUUCGCCGCGUGGAGAAGCAGGGCGAGCGGGACGUGCUCAAGAGGGUGUUGCAUAUGGCUACGCAUCCGUUUGAGGAUGCGUGGACGGGGAAGGAAUUUGAGGAUGGACCGACCGGGAAGGGCGUUUAUCAGGGUGAUAAAGCGGAGGAGGAGAGAUGGACGGGGGAUGUGCCGCAGCAGAAGAAGGCUAUGCAGUGCAGUUGUAGCUCGUAAAGGGCGAAGUCACUUUGUUGGCGAGAGAUAUCCUUUCUGCAACCGUAAUUGCAAUAUUAUUAGCGAAGCCUUUUCAUUGAUAAGUCCGAAUUGCGCCGCCUUACGGGCCGUGUGGUACAUACAUUGAUAUGUGCUGGGCGUGUAAACAAUUUAAUUCAUCGUGGACUGCGAAAACGAGGAAAUGGAGGAGUACUAAUGCAUCACUAAACUCCGCCACGCCAUGAGUCACGAAGAAAUAGGGUACGAUAGAUAAUAUUAUCAUUGAGAAGCUC